CUCCCGCCAUGGAGAAGAAGAAGGGCCCCGUGGAGAGGGUCCCGAAGGAGUGGCCCCGAGUGGAGAUGCCGCGCCCGCCUCGUCGCAUACGCCGCUCGGCCAGCCAGAUCUGCCCGCCCCCCCGCAGGCCCAUGACCCUGGCCGAACUCACCCCCGGGUGCGAGAACGAGCGCCUUGGCGUGGCCCGCGACUCCAUGCUCCAGAACCCACGCAUCGCCAAGCCCGAAGUGGGGAAGCCUCGCCGGAGCUGCUACACCCUUCCGGGCUACGACUUCAAUUAUGGGCUGUACCUGCGUGGACUGGAUGGUGGCGUCCCCGAAGCUAUUGGGGGCUGGGCGUGCGCCCCAGUGCGUGUGGUACCGGCAAAGGAGAAGCCAAGGGACUACGAGGCGAGCAACGCGAGGGGGGUGAUAGCAGGGUUCGUGCGUCCCCUGGAGCAGCGCCUCUACCGCCGUGAGAAGGACCUCCGCCUCCACCGCGAUGAUGAGCGCCGGUUCAAGACCGGGCCGCCCCCGGUGCCCCCUGGCGUCACCUACGGGCGCCCUGCAAGGCCUUCCACUCCCUUCUUUGACCUUCUGCAGCACAAGUACAAGGAGGUCUGGAUGGAGGAGCAGAGGGCGCUCAUCAAGGCCGAAAAGGCCGAAAAACAGGAAAAGAAACGGAGGGGAAGGACCUACGACACACGGACAACCAUCUUAAGGCGGUACCAGUUCCCCAUGGAUCGGGACCCUCUCUGGACAAUGACACUUUUCCAAAAGGCCUCCCGCCUGCGCUCGAUGACGGCCUUCCGGUCCGAGGUCCCCGUGCGGAUCGGGCCCCUGGCGCAGGGCCUUUACACCACCGGAGGGUGA